AUGUCACAGAGUGCUAUGGAUGAAAUCGCCCUCGUGCCAACGUUACAAGAGAACACGACACCGUCAGAAGCGACGACAUCGCGUCCAGAAGAGACCGUAGUGCACGUAGUAUCAAAUCGUACGGAUUCCAGAAAAGCCAAAUUAGCAAAAAAGUAUCAACGGACACCGAUCGCCUUCUAUCAGGCUCUUGUACUAGGUGCUGUACUUCUUCUAUUGAUACUUCUAUGUGUUGCCUUUGAAACGUGGAGGAGCACGAAUCCAGACGGUGAUGAGGCUAUACCACAUGAUAGAGAAGAUGAGGAAUAUCACUUAGCUAUGGUCGAACUAGUAAAUAGCCAACCAGGUGUUACGUGGAAGGCCCAGUACAAUAGAUUUGCUUCACGGCCUGAAUAUGGUCCAAAUGGCAUGGGCGACGUGGAUACGGCAAAAUCAUUACUGAAAAAGAUCUUCCAUCUCGACGGUACCCAUCUACUUCAGGAUACCGUGAAGCACAUUGAAGACCUGUGGAGGCAUGAAGGCUUUAAAUUCGGAAAAUUGUUACUGUUUGACAAAACUGGAACGUUCAGGGUAAAAGCAACGAUUCCCAGAUCGUUUGACGCCAGAUCGACAUGGCCGAAGUGCUGGGCAGUUCAUCAAAUAUUCAACCAAGCCGGUUGUGGAUCUUGUUGGUCUGUAGCAGCAACAUCUGUGAUGUCUGAUCGCGUUUGUAUCAGCUCGAAUGGCACCGAUCAAACACAAAUUAGUGCCCUUGAUCUGACGUCAUGCUGCUUGUCAUGUGGAGGAUGCCAAGGAACGCACUGGGCGCUAUCAGCAUUCACUUAUUGGAAAGAACAUGGCCUCGUCUCUGGCGGUUCCUACGGCACACAUGAGGGAUGCCGACCGUAUGCAUUCGAGCCAAGCUGUGGCAGUCCUUGUGGAGCAGCGCUCUAUCGGAAGGAUCGAACUCCACGAUGUGAAAGGCAAUGCCAGAGUCUCUAUCAUAGGUCAUAUGAACAAGACAUUGUUAAAGCUAAGCAAGCCUACUGGUUACGAGCUAUAAAUGGAAGUUCUGAAUUUACGCCAGUGGUGAAAGCGACUCUGAACAGGCUCACCAAUGGGAGAUUCACCGAGCUGCUCCAACGAGAACUGAUAACGUAUGGUCCGGUACUGGCGUGUUUCACACUACAUGAAGACUUUCAGCAUUACAAAUCAGGUAUUUACAAAACUGAAGAGAAUCGAUCGCAGCAACUCUAUGGACACUGUGCAAAAUUGAUCGGUUGGGGAGAAGAGGGCGGAAUAAAGUAUUGGCUCUAUGCUAAUACGUGGGGGCGUGACUGGGGAGAGAAC